AUGGCCAUGGCGGUCUGGAUCUUCACGAGCUUCGUCGAAGUGGCGUACCCAGAGGAAGACACGCGCAAGAGGCAGAAGCUCGCGCAUGCGCCCUCGGAGCUAAGACCAGACUCCCAGUCCUCGCACAAUGCAUAUGCCCCGGGUUUUAUAGCGGGAGGCAUGGGCAGUGGCAGGCAAGAUCAGGACUCACCGAUUUAUAGUCAGGCCCAAGCCAUAAAUGCCCUUCCCUUGCCAGGAUUAGGCCAGCUAUCGGAGCAAGAAAGGCAUCAGAGCUACUCCACAGCCCCGCAGUCGCAGCCGGGGACUGAAAUUGAAACCAGUCAGGCAAAUCCGAUUCCGUCUUCUGCGUCGAAUGCGAAUUGGCACAAUCAAUUUACCGCCAACGGUACCUUUACUCAAAAUAGUUUGUACAAUAAUCUCUCCUUUGGCCAGACAGCGCAACUGUCGGGGCGAGUGUCGAAUCAGGCCCCACCCGCUCUCCCACCAAACACCAUCCAUGUCCCAUCGUGGAGUACAAUGCAAACGACUGGCCAAGGAACACCUACCUGGCCAACGCUAAAUCAGCUCUCAUUCUUCCCCUCUGGAUUUUCGACUCCGUCGACCACAGGACACGUGCCAUUCUUGCAAACCAUGCCGCCAUUCAACCCGAUGUUGCCGGUCCAAACGCAGAGUAUGAGCACAUUCGCAGGUCCAUCAGCCCCGGUCUCAAACGAUGAUCAGAUACGAAGAGCUCGGUCAUUGACUCCACCCAUGAAAGUGCCAUCGCCUUCCAAAACAUACCUGACUCAGGCGUCAAAGCCCCCAAGGAAAAGUCCCACCAAGCGGCCUUUGCUAGUCAUCCUUGAUUUGAACGGUACUUUGAUCUAUCGAAAACAUCGCAGACUCCCGCCAGUCUUUGCCCGCCGCCACGGUCUUGAUGAGUUCUUGGAUAUUCUGACAAGCCAAUACGCGGUCAUGAUCUGGACGAGUUCCAAGCCGCCCACUCUACAUGCCAUUUGUGACCAGCUCUUCACGCCUGAGAAACGCAGGAAACUGGUGGCGCUGUGGGGUCGUGAUAAAUUCGGCCUAAGCUACAAACAGUACAACUCCAAACUGCAGGUCUACAAGGAGCUUAGAAAGGUUUGGGCGAGUCCUGAGAUUCGAGCUACCUUUCCGGACAAGAACGGAACGACCUCUCAACCCAACAAGAAUGGAAGGAAGCUGAACAAAAAGCAGAAGAAGACUCUCAUGCAGACUCAGGCUCAAGCUCAAGCCAACGCCCCCGUCCCUGGUCAUCGAUGGGACCAAUCGAAUACCGUCCUGAUCGAUGACAGCAGAUUGAAAGCGCUCAGCGAGCCAUACAACAUCCUUGAGAUUCCGGAAUUCACCAAUGAUUCCGAAGUCGAUGAGACAGAUUUGUUCAAAAAGGUUCUCGAUAAGCUUGACGCUUUGUCACACUACGACGAUGUCAGCAAAGUUCUGCGGUCAUGGAACGAGCGUGUGGAUGCCGGCGAGGCCGCGAUCCUAGAUCUUGAGAUUGAGGAUUCCAACGAAGGUCGAGACUCAAACUCAGAUCAUGAUCACGAGGAAGAUGGCGGCACAAGCCUCAAGACCGGCCAGGACCAUGGCUCUGCCGCUCAACCUGAGCUGCGGCCUGAGCCCAUUCAAGAUUCCACCGGGGCCAAACGAGGUCGAACUGAUCUUCCCGCAGAUGACGAAGCCUCGCGGCGCGAAAGAGCACGCGCUAAGAGACAGCGUGCAAAAAUUCGCAAGCAGGAGAGAAAGGCCGCGGAGGCUGCAGAGGCUGCCGGCGCGACUGCGGUUUCCAACGACGGCAUGACUACAUCAACUCCGAGUAAUCAAUUUGGUAAUAAGGGUUCCAAACGCUCUGCUCGUUCCGCGCAGUACCCUGAACCAUCUCGCACGGCAACCCCUCAUACAAAGCCGCCUUCUACCGCUGCGGCACCAAUCACCGCUCCAAACCAGAAGGUCAAGCUAAACAAAAAGGCCAAGGCCCGUCUGGCCCAGCAAGAAGCUGCUGCUGCUGCUGCUGCUGCAAAGCAGAAACAUGACCCGAAGGCGCACGUUGAAGUCCCCAGCAACUCAGCCUCGAAACGCAACAAAAAGCGGAAUGCCAGCAUACAAGCUCAAUCUCAAGACUCACACUCAUCCGAGCCCUCCGCUCAGCGGGAUAAUCAACCGAGCUCAACUGUCCCACCUGCCAACAACAGAUCCACGACUCAAUCUGACGGGAUUGCAUCCCCCAAGUGUAGACGAACCCCAGAGGAGACCUCUGCAUCCGAACCACACCCCACCACCACCACAGCUACCACUCUGUCAAACACCACUCCCAAGCCCCAUGCUCGUCGUCCCGUUUCACCAGUCACAGAUGACGAAUCCGUCCCCGGCUCUCCAAACGGGUCCACAGUGUCGAGAAACUCGCUCCUGGACCGAUUAGAAGAGGGUCUCGGGAUCUGGAAAAAGUGA